UACACAGGAAGGUCACACCAUCCCCCACCAUUAUCAGAGUAGUAACCUAAAUGAUUCUAAAGUUGAAAUUAAAGAAGGAAUAAAAGAGGUGGAUGAUAAGGACGGGGUGAUGGAGGAGUCAAAGUCUCCAGAAGGACACAAAGUUCUGUACCAGGACAACAUAGUGGAGUCAUCCAUCUACAGAAACCCACCAGAGAGAUGUCUUUUUCCUCUGUAUUCCCAGGAUUCCACACUGGAAGAUCAUAACUACGCACGGUCUGAUCAGAGUGGAAACCUCGGGGAUGAUAAUGUUGUUGAAGAGUAUAAAGAAGAGGAUGAGGAGUUUUCUGAAGGACACCUGGAUCUGUACAAGAACAUUAUGAUUGAGUCACCGAAUACCAAAAACCCACCAGAGAGAUGUCUUCAUCUUCUGGAUUCCUGGGAUUCCACACAGGAAGGUCACACCAUCGCUCACUAUCAGGGUGAAGAUCUGAUAAACCUGGAAGUUGAGUGUGAAGUGGAAGUGAUGUAUGAUGUGGAUGAUCAGCAAUAUACGGAGGAGGAUGGAAUGAUGACGACAUUCAGAGAGGAGGACACCCCUACAGAGAUCAGCACAGGACACGUCAUCGGGGAACCCUCAAAAGAUUGUUCCAUUAUAUCAGAUGAGGACAUCACAAGAGAUUGUGCAGGAGAAAAGAAAAAGAGCUCCACUAUGGAUGGAGGACUUCACAGUGUGGAUAGACCAUUGAAUGCCUCUGACUCUGAGCAACCUCGUACUGUUAGGGAUGGUGCCGGAAUUCAGGGGGAGGAGAACUUUUCCUGUCCUGAAUGUGGGGAAUGUUUUAGCUCUGAAUCAAGUUUUACUGUACAUCAGAGAUCUCACACUGGUGAGAAGCCACAUUCCUGUUCUGAGUGCGGGGAAGGUUUGUCACAGGAAUCAGACCUUCUAAUACAUCACAAAUCUCGCACUGUAGAGAAGACCAAUUACAGCCCUGAGGGUGGGGAAUUGUUUUCAGAAAAGUCCAUUUUUUACAGACACCAGGGACACACAGACACGGGGGAGAAGCCGUAUUCUUGUCCCGAGUGUGGGAAAUGUUUUGCAGUGAAGUACAAUCUUUACAUACAUCAGAAGAUGCACACAGGGGAGAAGCCGUACUCCUGUCCUGAGUGCACAAAAUGUUUUACACAUAAAUCUGAGCUUGGUAGACAUCAGAGAUUGCACCCUGGGGAGAAGCCAUAUUUCUGCUCUGAGUGUAGGAAAUGUUUUAUACAGAGAUCAAAUCUUCUUAGACAUCAGAAAUUGCACAUGGGUGGAAAAGCCUUAUUCCUGCCCUGAGUGUAGGAAAUGUUUUUACAAAAAUCUGACCUUCUUAUCCAUCCGAGAUUUCACAGAGGAGAAGCCAUACACCUGCCCUGAGUGUAGGAAAUGUUUUUCAUGGGAAUCAAAACUUGUUAAACAUCGGAGAUGUCUCAGAGGGGUAUAGGGAUGAGUUGAACAUUCCUGGGCUAAGUUUGCGGGAGGUUUGCUGAACUACUAAGUUCUGAAUGUUAAUCCGAGCCCCAUUGAAGUCAGUGGGAGCAGGGUUUUUUUGUUUUGUUUUUUUUAUCCAAUUAAGGACAUUUUUAAGGCUAAAAAGCAAGAGAAUGUCAAAGGGCAUUUGGAGCUGGGCACUGACUGGGGAGAUAUAUAGAUAUAUAUAGAGAGAGAUAUCUAUCUCUCAAUAUCAAUAAACUGUAGAUCAGUCGGCAUAACAUCUUAUGUAAAGUAUUUUCGGGAACGGUAAGCUCCUUUCUAUACAGAUAUUUGUCUGUGAUAAAGGUAUCAUAAGUGACUGAUGAAGCCCAGCUUUCCAGGUGUACCGUGUAUGGGGGAGGAGCCUAAUGCUGACAAUGUUCUCACGCUAUUAGACAGGAAUCGCUGGAUGGCGAGACUGGUACAGUGAUAGCCUGAAUUGCGCAAUAAGUGUUUUUUAGCACCUGGCUGUGCUGCUAUCCUUGUAAGUGUGUUUUUAUCUUGCCUGCAUUUAAUAAAAAUCAUUGAACAAUA